CACAGGUUCGACUAUGCAAAGAGCUCUUACGUGGUCGCAAUAUAUGGCGAAAUAAUUUCACGGCGUUAGCCCUGCUUUUUCAGGCGUCUCUAUCGCCAAAAUCCAAGAACAACACCAGCUCGAGCUGGCACAGUCAAUAGCCUGCUAACAGCUGCACAACAGCCACCACUGAGCACCGACCACGCACACUUGACUUGCAGCGCUUGUCUGAAGCUGUAAUCGAACCUUCUGCGAUUUCACAACUGGCUUCAGGCCGGCCACGCGUCGCCCCAUCGACCACGCAGCUCCACCUACAGCCGAGGGAUCGCAAACGCCGAGAUGAAUCCAGCACAUCGCGAAGGCUGGCCACAGUCACAGGCACCUGCGCCUGGACAAAACCUGCAGCAACAAACAGAGCAAAACCAGCGACAGUCCGCGCGACCGCUCGACCCUUAUGGGUCAAGCAACGCAAAUGCACAAGCUCUCACACAUGCGUCACCUGCGCAAGGCCCAGGGCCUGUGCUCCCCCCGCCUUCUGGGACCCCUUUCUACUCGUCGAGCAGUGCGACAGCCCACAACCAAAAUCUGCCGCCACUACCUGGCUUCACUGGCCAGCCUCCACACUCAUCGCCCCACCAGUCUGCGCAAAGAGCGCCCUCAACGGAGGGAGCAUCAACCGCGCAAGGACACCCGAUGCCACAGGGCCCCCCGUACUCCUUACCUGGCAUCUCGCAGACUUUGCAGCAGCAGGUUGCACCACAGGACCAGGCGAACGCAGAUCGGGAACGAGAGCUGCGCGAGCGCGAGGCCAGAGAGCGUGAGAUGAUGGAGUCGCACGCGGCCCAGCAGCACGCUGCACAGCAAGAAGAGCAUGCAAAGCGUGAAGCUGAGCAGCGCGAUCGAGACCUGCACGAACGCCAGCAACGAGAGCAGGCCGCACUACAGAGCCACUCUGCGCCAAUCCAGAUUCACCAGCCUGUGGCUGUCGCACCCACCACACGAACAGUACAUGGACCCAACGGACUGCUGGGCCAAUCUGGGCCAUUAGCAGGAGCAAACCCACUGGCUGGUCCGAUGGGUGGACCCAUCGUUGCCGGUCCUUACGGCAAUGCACCUGCUCAGCACGAUCAGACUACACCCCGUAUGCAGCAUGCUGUACAGGUGCCGACACAGGCACAGAUGCUGAUGCCCUUUACUGGUCCGCCAGGCGCGAUGGGCAUGGGCCAGGGCCAGCAGCCCAUUCUCAAUGACGCUCUUAGCUACCUCGACCAAGUCAAAGUCCAGUUCGCCGAUCAUCCCGAUGUUUACAACCGCUUCUUGGACAUCAUGAAGGAUUUCAAGAGCGGUGCCAUAGACACUCCAGGUGUCAUUGAGCGCGUUUCGACUCUUUUCGCUGGUAACCCGAAUCUGAUCCAGGGUUUCAACACGUUCCUGCCUCCAGGAUAUAAAAUAGAAUGCGGAACGAACGGUGACCCAAAUGCGAUCAGAGUUACCACUCCCAUGGGCACGAUGGUCUCCACAAUGCCUGCUCCCAGGCCGCUGUCUCCAUCACGCAGCGCAGCGGCAAACGGCAACACCGGUCCUCAGCAGGAACCUGCAUUCUACGAGACGACGCAGGGACGACCUUGGCCUCAGCAGCAAAGGGCACCUGAGCACCCAGAGUCGUUAUUUUCUCCUAACAAUCGCAAUCUCGGCCAGCAAGGUCCCGCACCGCAUUCUCCCGAGACCACUACGCGUCCGCACCCUGACGCGGUUGCUUCGGCGGCCGCGCUUGCGCAUCAGCAAGAGCAACAGGGAGUGUCUCAACUUCAGAACGCAGUGUCCGCUGCUACCGGUCGCUCCAUGCUCGCACUCAGCGGCGACGCUGCAGCAGCCCUUCCUGUACAAGCCUUGAAUGGUGCUGUCCAGGUCGCUCAGAUGGGCGGCAUAGGUGCUGAAAAGCGCGGUCCGGUCGAAUUCAACCAUGCUAUCAGCUACGUUAACAAGAUCAAAAAUCGUUUUGCGUCGCAGCCCGACAUCUACAAACAGUUCCUGGAAAUUCUGCAGACCUACCAGCGCGAGUCGAAACCUAUCCAAGACGUAUAUGCUCAAGUCACGGGACUAUUCAACGCUGCUCCUGACCUACUAGAAGACUUCAAGCAAUUCCUCCCAGAAUCAGCUGCUCAGCAUAGGGCUGCGCAGCAGCAGGCUGCGAGACAUGCUGAGGAUGCGGUCAUGUUGAGCAAUGUGCGUGGCGAUGCUGCCGGCUACGGUCAGACACCAACCCUUCAGCAGACACCUCGCGCAGACCAGGGUCGACUUCCACCAAUGGGCAACUUUGCUCCUACACCUACUGCAAAUCGCGACAACAAGCGAAAGCGCGACAGGCAAGGUCCUGUUGCUGUACCGAUGCCUGCCCCGAUGGCACAGGAACCAACCACAUCGAAUGUUCGCGGAGGCAAUUUCGGUACAGGCGCUGCAAACAAGCGAACCAAGACUAGCCAUGCUGCAAAGCAAGCAGUACCUGAAGGACCUCCAGUGUCACCGACUCUGACACCAGCAUUGCCCGAACCGAUACCACCGACCACUACCACCACUCCAAGCCAGGAUGAGCUUGCGUUCUUUGACCGAGUCAAGAAGUUCAUUGGAAACAAGAACACAAUGAACGAAUUCCUGAAGCUAUGCAACCUUUACUCACAGGACCUGAUAGACAAGAGACUACUUCUCUACCGUGCGCAAUCCUUCAUCGGCGGUAAUCCAGAGCUCUUCGCUUGGUUCAAAAAGUUCAUGGGUGAGGAGGAGGAUCAACAGAAGACGCGUCCCAAGACUGUCAACUCGCGAGUCUCGCUGUCUAACUGCCGCAGCCUUGGACCCAGCUAUCGUUUGCUACCUAAGCGCGAGCGCGAGCGAGUAUGCAGCGGCCGUGAUGAAUUGUGCAAAUCAGUUCUGAACGAUGAAUGGGCAUCUCACCCAACGUGGGCCUCCGAAGACUCUGGCUUCAUUGCUCACCGCAAGAAUCAGUUUGAAGAAGGCCUUCACCGAAUCGAAGAAGAGCGCCACGACUACGACUUCAACAUCGAAGCCUGUAGUCGCACGAUUCAGCAGUUGGAACCCAUUGCGAACCAGCUGCUCACCAUGAAGCAAGAAGACCGAACGAACUUUGUACUGCCACCUGGUAUUGGAGGGCAGAGCGAGACAAUCUACAAGCGUGUCAUCAUGAAGAUUUAUGGUCGCGAUCGAGGCAAGGAUGUCAUCAAGGAACUGUUCUCCAUGCCCUGGAGUGUGGUGCCGGUCUUGUUGCACCGCCUCAAAUGCAAGUUGGAAGACUGGAAGGCUGCUCAGCGGGAGUGGGAGCGUGUCUGGCGCGAUCAGACCCAGAAGAUCUUCUGGAAGUCUCUGGAUCAUCAGAGUCUAUCUGUCAAGCAGGCCGACAAGCGCCAGUUCCAGCCCAAAUCGCUUACCAAUGAGGUUCUCGUUCGCUACGAAGAACAGAAGCGUCUGCGCCUGGUCCAGGAAAUUCCCCAGCCGGAGUAUCAGUACGCUUUCUCUUUCAAGGAUGAGGAGGUCCUUUUCGAUGUCGCCCGCCUCAUGAUCACAUUUGCGGACAACAACAGCGGUACUGAGUACGCCAAGGUAGUUCCGUUCAUCAAAGAGUUCGUGCCGUUGUUCUUUGGCCUAGAUCAGGCCAAGUUUGAGCAACGUGUUCAGACAUCGGGUCGCGACACUCCCAACGAGUCUGGCGAUGACACACCAAGCCCUGACGAUGACGUUUCUCAACGAUCCCAAAAGCCCAAGAAAGGCGAUCUGCGCCGAGACGUACUUGAUCCACGCGGUAAGUCGCGCAAGGACAAGGAAGACAGUCUUGCGUCGGCGAGCAGGGAUACGACCCCUGAGAUCGCAUCCGGCAUCGAGGAUGAGGCUGCUGGAGACAGCUCAAACUCCAACGGUCGUGACGAACAAAUCGCUGGUAGCUGGGUAGAAUACUCGACACAGCCCGCGGCCUUCGAUGACAAGGAGAUUGAGCACGACGAGCCGUACCGACGCAUUGAGUACAAUAUGUACGCCAACGCAUCGAUCUACUGCUUCUUCCGCAUGUUUGUCUGCCUGUACGAGCGUCUGUCGAAGCUCAAGGAAAGCGAGGACGAAGUCCGUAAGGUCGUCAGUCGGGCCAUGGAACCGAAAGCGGCUCGCCAACUCAAGAUGCUAGACAAACAGCCUGACGACUUCUUCAAAGACACAUCGUCAUCAGCCAACUUCUACCAGCAAGUCCUCGAGAUGUUCCAAGAUCAGAUUCUUGGUGAAACCGACAUGUCCUUCAUCGAGGAAACACUGCGACGAUACUACCUGCACAUUGGAUGGCAGUUGUAUAGUUUUGACAGGCUCAUCAAUUCACUCGUCCGCUUCGCUUUGGUGGUAAUCAGCUCUGACAGCAAGGACAAGAGCCUUGAUAUCUACAAUCUGUUCAGAAAGGACCGUGUCAACGAUACUACCUCACACAAAAGCGAGAUCAGCUACAGGAAAGCAGUUGAGAAGUACGCAAAGGACGCGGAUACCUACCGUGUCACCUACGAUCCCGCAAAGACGGAAGCUACUGUGCGUUUAUUCAAGAAGGACGAUCCUACAUUCGACACCAAUGCACUUGACCGGACUAGGCGCUGGCGUGCAUACCUUGCCUCCUACCAGUCGAUAGAGCCCACUGAGGAGGUAGAUCAUGACAGCGUCAAACACCCAUACCUCAAGAAGCGUCUGGCCAAGGAUGAAGACACUACAGAGCAGGACGAGCGUCUCGAUGCUGUGAUGCACAGCGACAAAAUCACCGUCUCAAUCAGCCCGCAGACCUACAACAUCACCUUCAUCAACAGUGAGCCCUUCGGCACUGGCGGUAUCCAGUACUUUACCCUUUCGGAUGGCAUUCGCGCGGGUGUGAGCGGCGCCUCCAAGCUCAACGACCAGUUCAAGGCACUCAACGAUGCAAGGCGCGAGCGAGCACAGGAGAAGCUUGUCCGCAACAACACCUGGAUGAGAGAUCUCAGCCGCGAUGAGGUUGACUCUAAGAAGGCCGCUUUUAAGAAGAGUAUCGACGAGAUCAAGCAGGCAAGUGAUAAUGAAGACGUGGAGAUGGCAGAGGCAUAGUUUCAUUUUCAGGAUAAGGCGUCUGGCGAACUGUGUUUCUCCAACACGAUAUACAUGAUGAGCAGGGACAUGAUGCUUGUGUAUCGGCUUACGGGCUGUUUUGUAUACCAGGUAUGGGGUAAGCCCAGGAGCGAGCAUGUGAGACUGCCUCGCGCAGUUGUGGCGUUUGACUUGACAGCCGAUCUUUUAUCCAUACCCAUGAACGUAACUUUGUCGCACAACCCCGUCUCUAUCACGGUCACUUGAUCACCUGCGUUGCUAGGAUGUGUGGCGAACUAAAUUUCAAAUCCCGAUGCGAAUCAUCGAUGCGAAUCAUCGAUAUCUGCUCUCAGACUCACGUGCGGCAUCACGAGUCCUGAUACAUCCUGCGAGGUCGCGUAUACCUCCGUAGUUCGGCUGCGUCAUGCCCUGUUGGAUGCUUGAAACACUUAACCACCGGU